AUGAUUUGGCUAGUAAUUACUACUCCUGUUAAGUACCAUAUUAUCUCCUGGGAUAAGCACUUGGAGAAAAAGAAACGUCCUCGUUUUCUAGGAUAUAGUUCUUAUCGUGUGGGUUUUUCAGGUGUCAGUCCUUCGACUGUCGGACGCGUGAGCGCAGGGAAGACGGGACAAUCGCACGACCACCGAAGUCGGAGAUCUCGAAUCAGUGAUCGAAGCUCGGCGACUGCCAUGACGUCCGACCGCCACUGCAGACACAACCCACAGCACCACUGCCGCCUCAUCCACCAGUCCCACGGCAGUCACCACAAACGUCACCAGCACCAACUCCACCACCGCGGUCGGUGUCGUGGGCCACCAUUGGUCGCGGUCGUAGCGCUGUGGGCCGCGGUGGCCUGCGUCACGGUGCCCACGGCCUCGCCGUCUCCGGCCACCGGUGACAUGAGCCUGUUGACGAUGCAGCGCAUUAAGUCUUACGUGGACGACACGUGCACGUUGGAUCCGCACUGUCAGUGGACGUGGGACCCUCUGCCGAAUGGGCUGCGAAACGUGUCCUCGGAUGAAGCAGCGGCUGUGAUGCCGGUAGACUACUUGUUCCCACCCGGCGACGACGCUGAGAAACCAGGACAAAGAGGUAAGUGA